GUUGUAUAGUAAUUGACUAAACUCUUAAGAAACUUAUUGUUGGAAAAACUAAGUCAGUGAUCAUAUACAGUCAUCUCAACAAGUUACUACUGCAACAUACGGGCGUUACAUUGUCGCGCUGCAUAAAAAACCACGUGCUGAAACGCGCGACAAUUUAAACGGAAACGCGUUUAGACGCGCGUCGACAAUUCCUGACCACUGAUGUCACAAUUUAACGCCCACGUGAACUGAUUGUGGCAUCGCUACGUACUGGUCUGCUUUAAAUUGCCGCUCCAGACUAUACCACACAGAAGUAGUGUGAAAAGCCACCGAUUUGCUUGUGGCAGUUUCAGUCACUAGCCUAGUGAUCCGACAACAUCGCCUCCGGAUUUAAGCGACCGGCAGAGCGACCGUCGCUUCCAAUGAAGUAGUGCCGGCACCAUGAGCGAGGUCAUCACUAUAACACUACACAAUCAGUAAAUCUAUCACUACUCGUAAUUACUGCAACUCUCGUUCGGUUACGCCGAUAAAGUAUAAGCUACGUUCGAACACGGAAAUCGCAAAAAAAUCGGAAGAAGAAUAAAAUUGUUGCUGCUACGUUCCGGUUUCCAGAAAAAAAAGUAAUACAAGCGCUGUUUUUGCAUACGGUAAUUAAAUUUAGUGCAAGUACAAAAAUAUGUGCUUAAAGUGAUAGUGAAAGGACGAUCACCGCAAAAGAAGCUAAUAAAAUAAGUGAAACUUUCAUUGAAUUUCAGGAAAUUAGAUAUGUGCUCUAUUGAUUACGAAAUGCUGGUAUCUCACAGUCCGCCAGUAUUCUCGCACACUUCUCAGCCCUCUGGAGGUUUCCUUGGAGGUUCCGACUACGCCUUAAGAGCUUUUCCCAGAAUGCCUGGUCAGACUCAAGCGCCAAGGUACUGCAAUCGGCCACAUCAGUUGCAGUACUCGCAGUCUACAGAUACCAUUGGUAUUUCUAAACCAGCCACUGCUACCAAACCUUCAGCCCCACCAAAGCGACCAUGCUUGGUGAUCAGGUCUCCUGGAGACUCGACUGCCUCAUCCUCAGGAUCAGAAGAUGAUUCUUCAUCUUGCAGCAGCGGCGCUCAAAGUCCUACCAAAAACAAGAAAAGGGUUGUAUUUGCUGAUGAUAAGGGAGCACCUCUUACACAGGUAAGAGUGAUGACAGAACCAUCCAACGUUCCACCCCUCUGGAUGAGUUUUCAUUUCUUAGAAGAGGUGACCAGGGGCGUGGAUGCUGAUCCUGGUGCAGGAGCGGAAGACAGGUGGCAAAUCACGUUUGCUCAACCUGCCAGUGACUAUGUGAAGUUCAGGACAAGACUCGAUGAAGAGAAAGUAUCUCUAGAAAACGUAAUUAUUAAGGAGUCUGAUGAUGCGUUGAUAGGAACAGUAAAAGUAAAAAACAUCGCGUUUGAGAAAGAGGUGUUCAUUCGAUCAUCCAUCAACAAUUGGCAAACACAUGAAGAUACAUUCUGUUCCUAUGUGCCAAACAGCAGUGCGACGCCAGGCGUGAAUGUUCUGUAUGACACCUUCAGUUUCAAGAUGCCACUGCCUCCGAGGACGAAGAAAGUAGAAUUUUGCGUGUGCUAUAGAUCCAAUGGAACGGAAUAUUGGGACAAUAACAUUGGCAAGAACUACGCGGUGCUUAAGAAGAUGCCAGUGCAGUUGAACAAGUCACUUAGUGCAGAUGAUAUUUAUGCUAAGAGGGAUUUUGUAGGCAACACGACGGCACAGCCUAAGUAUAGAUCAUCAAGUAUGAGAACGCAGUGCAGGCAAAGCUGGAUACUUGGUCAGAAUUCGCCAGUUGGAACCAUCUAGAAAACUCCCAUCCUUAUUGGUGAACAUCUAACGAGGAUCCCUUGUCCAUUAAGAGAAGGGGGAUCUUAAACAUGGAUUUGAGGCUAAAAGUUGAAAAGAGCCUUUCUGUGGCGUGACCAUAACUCCAAUAAGACAUAAAUGAUGGAAAGAUCUGUUACGGCAAAUGGAAAAAAGGGUUCAUCAAAGCACACAAGGCUGCAUUUAAAGUGACAUGCUUCAAAUUAUGACUGUUCUCCUAAUAGGACAUUUAGGUGAGAUUUGCAGGGGCUGGGUAGCUUAGAUGUGUUAGUACGUGGAGCUGCUAACACAUCGGCACUAAGGCUUGCGACUAAACAGUUAUCACUAGAUAAGUACAUAUGUGGAGUAGUACAGUGCUGGUAGAACGGUGUUGCAAAAACGGUCAAAGAUGGCCUAGUUGUCAGGCUUCGCCUUUCCACCACCACUACUAGGUUAAAUCGCUAUACGAGGCUUUCGGCUUGGUUUUUAAAAUUUGUUUUAUUUCAGCUUCCUCAAACUUCGAAAUUGGAAGCCGUCUAGCCGAGGUGCAGCGUCUGUAGAGUAGCAACUCAAACCGAAAAAUAAGUGAAAAGCAGAAAAAAAAAUCGAAAAAAAAACAGAUAACCCGCGGGAUGUUAUUGAUAGCAAACGGAGCAUAUUCGGAAGCACAAAGAAAUUGCUAUUGAUGACGACUCCAACGUUAUGGUUUGGUUUAAUCUGUGAUAUGAGUAUAUGUUUAUAUGUGAAAAAGUGUGGACUGGAGUAAGAAGUGUGCUAAAACUCGCGAUGAUCGAAGUAAAAUGCUAAAUAAAUGAUAAUCGAUGUUGAACUGAUAACUAAAGCUAAAGGGAAAUGUUUGGAAAUAGCAUUAUACAGAGUGUCCUCAAAUAACGAUGCAAUAUCAUGGUUCAUAUAGAACACAAAAGUAGUACAAGUUGGUAACAAGACUUGUAUAAAAAUUUUUAUAUUUGUGUUUUAUAUGAAUUCGGUAUAUUGUCUUAAAAAAUUGAAACACACCCUUGUAUGACUGUGCUUUCUGUUUUUGGAUUAGUACAUUUCAAGGCUUGAACCUAGCUUUAUCGAUCAGUUUGUUGCAUGAUUGAAGUGAAGCAAAUAGAUCCAAGUUGGUUUCAAUGAAGGUAACCAUCGAUAAUCGACCUUUUUGAAACUGUUAAAUUAGUAACAGUGGUUGAAGCUGAAAUGUGGUCUGUUUGUUUUAAUACAAUUGUGUUAUCCUGAAAUAUGUACCUUUAAACUCAAAAAGACUGAUUAUUUUUUAUGCAGUGAAAUAUUUUUAAUGUUGUUUUACUUCACUUUACGUGUACAAGAUUUUUAGAUAUAUAUUCUGCUUGUGUUGAAAAUUUUCGGGGCAUUUCUUCGGAGUUGAUGCAAAGCUCAUUUUUGUUGAAAAAAGUGAGUAAGGGAAAUCAAAUACUGACCGAUUUCAGACUUGAAAUUGCGUUCAAGUAUAGAUGUUACAUAAAAAGGUUGUUCUCAUAACUGUGAGGGUCCGUUACGUAUACGAUUUUUAUCUCUCGACAAUAUUCGAUAUACUCUGGAGGCUUAAAAAGAAACAACCAUAUGUCGAACAUUGACCAUGUUCACACCGUAGGUACCCCAGCGUUCAUGCACGCGAUUUGUUUCGCGUGACAGUGACACUCAACAAUGUUCGACAUAGAGUCAAAUUGAAAUAUCCGUAGUCCCAACAAGAUAGAGAGGAGUGAUAGUGUUGUGCGAGACCAAUCUCGUGCAUAAAGAGGCCCUUAGUAUAAAUAUAUUCGAAGUUUAAUAAUUUUGUAUAUUGUUAAUGCAAUAAGAGUAUACACCUGGAAUACAAAGUUCCUUCUACACCAUUCCUGGUCGGUUUGUAAAAGUAGAAUGUGCUGAUAUUUCUAUUGCAUUUUAUCAAAUAUUUUAACUUUGGAUAAAAUCAUUCCAGAAAUGCUUCGGGAAUUUGAUAAUGUGAUAGAUUUUUAGAUACAGAGGGAAAUUUUAAAACUGGAAAUUUGAUAACGGGUAAUGCUAAGACUCGUCUUUAGGACAACAUGCUAGUGUAGGAAACAUGUUCAGCCAGCUCUACAGCUUUAUAUUAUUGCUGACUCAUUAUGAUGUUUAACUAAAAGCCUUUUUAAAGUGAUAUAAUAUGUAGAAUUUUUAUAUUCAUGUAUGUUACUAGAAACAGUUGCCAGGAAGUCGGAUUGUAAUAUACAGCGCUUUUCAGAAAGGUCCUCCUCCCUUACUAAAUUAUUGAAUAGGUUAAGUAGGCAAAUUCGGAAUGAUGCAAUUGACACGUGAAUACUAUAUUUUACCGAAAAAAUAACGGUUGAAAAUUUCAAGAUUCUGUCUGAGCACCAGCUUACAUUUUUUUAAAAUGGAAUAAGGGCUUAUGUGAUACCCUAUUUUGAAGAUCUUUAUUAGUAAAAUCACUAACUUAUGUUUUAAAUUGCAAACCUUACCAGUCAUUUUUAGUGCUUGCUUGCUGUGCAAAGCAAAAGUUCUCUUUGCACCACUCACAUCAAAUGGUUAGUUUUAAAGUUACCCUACCUGUAUAUAUUGCAGCUUUGAUAUAUGUUCACCUACAUUGUUGUUAGUGCAAUCAUGUGUUGGGUUCCUACAAUAGCCAUCUAAGCAGUAAAUUGUGAAAAUGCCAUUAAACUGUAUCUGCUUCAUAUUCGCACAGAUAGUAAUGUAAUAUUUUAUAGUGGUAUACUCAGUUUUUGUAUCAAGGACUGGUUAAUCACAUUGAUUUGAUGCCGGUAUUUUUUUGAAUGGCAUUUCGCAUGACUAUAAUAAGGCACAGGGUUCAGAAGAAAUUACAUGCACAGAACAUUUGUUAAAGGUUCUUGUUAGCCGCGUUCAUCAGAAUUUUGCGCUACUCGCACAAUUAGUGAUGAACUUAAUUAUAUAUCACACAGCAAUUUUUAUUUAUUGUUAUCUUGUCAUCGGUUUUAUUAAUUUCACGUGUAAAUAAAUCGCUGGAGAAUUAAUUUUUGUAUCUUUGUUUUAUAUAUAGAGAUUCUUAAGACAAAAAUGUUGUACGUUAUAUCUGCAAUAUGCCUGUAUAUGUAUAUAAAUGGUGUGAAUAAUUAGCGUUUCUACUUUUGAGAGUUAUGCCUUUGUAGGUUAUUGUAUUAUGCUCUGCUAUAUUAUAUUGUUUGUUAAUUACACAUUUUUAUAAACAGUAUUGUUUUAUUUAAUCUAUAUAUGUGAAAUUCUGUCGAGUCUGUCAGUAUC